AUGGCCGAAGACAACCGAGAGCCCCCGGCAGGAGCCGGCACCCUCCGAGAGGCCCUCCGGGCGCUCCUGCCCCACAGGAAGGAGGAGCUGGUGCCAGAGCUCGGGGAGAAGGUAGAGCGCAGCGUGGUGCAGCUCCUGUGGGAGGCCGCUGAGCUGUUCUGCGGGGGCCGCCGGAGCGAGUGUCUGCAGGCCAGUGAGGCCAUCCUGGACUACUCCUGGGAGAAACUCAACACGGGUCCGUGGCAGGACGUCCACAAGGACUGGCGCCGCGUCUACGCCUUCGGCUGCCUCCUGAAGGCGGUGUGUCUGUUCGAGGAGCCUGGGGAUUCCGCCGCAGUGGCCGCGGCCCUGAAGGCCUGUGACAUGGGCCUGCUGAUGGGGGCGGCCAUCCAUGGGGACAUCCUCAUUAAAGUCGCCGCUGUCCUCCAGGCUCACCUCCCCUCAGCAAAGAGGCCCGGCCCAGGCCUGGCCGAGGAGCAGCCCAGCAUGAAGAAAGCGAGGGACGACUGUGUUUCGGUUCCGGAUGUGGCAUCGGAGAGACUGGUCCCCCGGCUUCGCUGUCCGUCCCUCCAGCAUUUCAGGAAGCAGUUUCUGGUUCCCGGGAGGCCUGUGAUCCUGGAAGGCGUGGCGGACCAGUGGCCGUGCAUGACGAAGUGGAGUUUGGAGUAUAUCCAAGACAUUGCCGGCUGCCGAACUGUCCCGGUGGAAGUCGGUUCCAGGUACACGGACGAGGACUGGUCGCAGACGCUCAUGACGGUCGAUGAGUUCAUCAGCAGAUACGUCAGGAGUGAGUCAAAGGACGUCGGGUACCUUGCGCAGCACCAGCUCUUUGACCAGAUCCCGGAGCUGAAGCGGGACAUCAGCAUCCCGGACUACUGCUGCCUGGGCGACGGGGAGGAGGAAGAGAUCACCAUUAAUGCCUGGUUUGGUCCCCAAGGAACCGUGUCCCCCCUUCAUCAGGACCCUCAGCAGAACUUUCUGGUCCAGGUGAUCGGCAGGAAGUACAUCCGGCUGUAUUCCCCGCAGGAGUCAGAGGCUUUAUAUCCGCACGAGACGCACCUUCUUCAUAACACGAGCCAGGUUGACGUGGAGAACCCCAAGCGGGAGAAGUUCCCCAGGUUUGCCGAGGCCCCGUUCCUGUCCUGCGUCCUGUCUCCCGGGGAGGUCCUCUUUAUUCCGGCCCGGUACUGGCACUACGUGCGGGCUCUGGACUUGAGCUUCUCCGUCAGCUUCUGGUGGUCGUAGCCAGGGUGCGAGGGUCCGAGACGCCUCCCCGGCUCCACACCCGGCCUGUGCCGGAGCCUUUGCUGGAGACCGGGCUGGGCGCUGGCGGACACAGGGCGAGGGCGCGGCAAGGCGCACGCUCCAGGCCAGGUGCGUGCAGCAGAGGCAGGUGGGGCGGACCCCAGGAGGACGCCCCAGGCCGACACCUGCCUGGAGACCCUGGGCAUCGUGAAGCCUGAGAUGCUGGGGACAGGGGCUGGCAGUGUGCACGGCGGUAGGGGGUGGGCUCUGAGGUCGGCUGCCCGGAUUCAGACCUGGCCCCUUGGCUUACUUGCUAUGGCAGAGGUGGGACGGAUACCUCACUGUGUGUGUGUGUCUCCAUGGGGAAAACAGGGCAGCUCGAGCACCCACAAUGAGAGUUCGAGAGGCAGCACGCGGACAGCGCCCCGGCAAAUCCACGGGCGUUAGCUACCGUCUGAUCUUAAUAAUUACUGUGAUUGCCACCGA